AUGGCAAAAAAGAAGUUAAAUCUAAAUUUCAUCUCCAAUAAAGUGAUUAGAAAAAGAACAUUCAACCGGAGGAAGGAAGGACUUAAGAAGAAACUCAAUGAUCUCAAGACUUUAUGCAAUGUCGAUGUAUGUGCUGUCAUCUACAAUCCAUUUAACUCAACUCGAGAUGUGUGGCCAUCAGAAUCUGGGGUGAAUAGUGUGAUCGAGAGGGCAUUAAUAAUGAAAGAGAAGAAAUGUGAAGUGCUGAACCAUGAAGAAUUUCUCAAUCAAUUCAUCGAAAAGGUAAAAAUAUACGAGAAUAAGUUGGUUGAAGAUAAUAAGGAAACUCGCCUAAAAGAGGUCAUGUUCAGGUGUCUUGGUGGUAAUAUGAAAGAUUUUAAAAUGAACGAUAAAGAUCGCUCUGACUUGUGUGAGUUUAUUGAUGGAUAUCUUAAGAAUCUUUAUCAUCAUAAAAAGGUAAAUCUCAACCAGCCAAAUUAUGAAAUUGGAGAAACUUCUUCAAUGCAAAUGGCAAGAACUGCUACUACUGCAAACAUGGCAACAGAUGCUGUAUAUGUGGACAUGGCACCAACCGAUGUAUCCCCGUUCAUGGCACCACCUACUAUGGCCGAAGUGAGUUCUUCCUUUCUGAAUGCUCCAUUCUUAAACACUCCUCAACCAACCAAUGAGUUGCAGUUCAUAGUCUCUCCAAAUCAAACACCAGGAGAUAUGAAUUCUCUUUCCAUGACCCUUUUAAACCAUGUAGCAGAUCAUGUUGAUUUUCAGAUAAGUGAUAACAAUCAAGAAGUUUACAUUCCAUCAGUGGAUCAGGAUGAAAUUCACUAUCCAAAUCAAACUUAUGAUGGAAAUCAACAAGGAUUCAUUGAAGAGAUGAUCAAAUAUGCUGAGGAAACAAAUUUUCCUUGGAUAGUAGACAACCCCAACAAGUUCUAA